AUGGCAGGCAAGGAGUCUAAGUUCCCACCUCAGAGCCAGAAAAAUCAGCCAGGAAAAGAACAUGUAAUGGAUCCUCUCCCGCAAACCAUACGUACAGACUACAAGCCCGCCAAUAAACUUCAGGGAAAAGUGGCGUUGGUGACAGGAGGUGACUCAGGAAUUGGCAGAGCGGUUAGUCUGUGUUUCGCUAGAGAGGGUGCAACUGUGGCCUUCACAUACGUUAAGGGACAUGAGGACAGGGACAAGGAUGAUACUCUGAAGAUGCUGCUAGAAGCUAAGGCAGGUGGUGCAGAUGAUCCAUUGGCAAUAGCGGCGGAUAUUGGCUUUGAUGAGAACUGCAAACAGGUGAUUGACUUAGUUGUGAAAGAAUAUGGGCGCAUCGAUAUUCUAGUGAACAAUGCAGCUGAGCAGCAUUUGACAAACUCUAUAGAGGAAAUCACACAACAGCAGAUUGAAAGAGUCUUCGGCACCAAUAUCUUUUCACAGUUCUUUUUGGUCAAGCAUGCUUUGAAGCACAUGAAAAAAGGGAGCUGCAUCAUCAACUCUACUUCAGUUAACGCCUACAAUGGGAAUCCAGAAGCCUUGGACUACACUGCUACCAAAGGAGCUAUUCUUGCCUUCACAAGAGGUCUUUCUCAGCAGCUGGCGAGUAGGGGAAUCAGGGUGAAUGCUGUGGCACCUGGCCCAGUUUGGACGCCAAUACAACCUGCUUCCAAGUCUCCUGAAUUGGUUCAGAACUUGGGGUGUGAGGUGCCAAUGAAGCGUGCGGCUCAGCCUAGUGAGAUUGCACCAUGUUAUUUGUUCUUGGCAACUUGUCAGGACUCUUCCUACUUUACUGGCCAAGUCCUCCAUCCAAAUGGUGGAGAGAUCGUGAAUGCUUAA